AUGGUCGCGCCAUCACAAGCGCCCGUCUCGGACGCGACCGUGAUCCCACGCGUCGGCGUCGCCGUCUUUGUGCUCAACGAGCAGGGCCACGUACUGGUCGGGAAGCGCACGGGAAGCCACGGUGCAGGCACAAUCGCCCUUCCGGGGGGUCACCUCGAGCUCCACGAGUCUUUCUACGAGUGUGCUGCCCGCGAAACAUAUGAAGAGACUGGCCUCGUUCUGCAGCUGCCUGAUGCGCUGCCUCCCUCGCAGCUGCUGUCACCAUCGUCACCAGUGCACUCGCGACCUUCCCGGGAAACCUCCACUCUACCAGCUCCUGCAAGCCGACCACCAACGCCAUUACAGUUUGUCACCGCACAGAACUCGGUGUACAUGAAGGACCAGGGCGAAAGAGGCGACGGCAAGCACUACGUCACCAUCUUCAUGAAGGCCAGCGUCAAGCCCGAUCCCGCAAACCCAGUCGCCGAGGCCAAGAUCAUGGAGCCCAACAAGUGUCUCGGCUGGGCAUGGGUCCCCAUCUCCUACCUCCGCAAUACGGCGAAUCGCCAGCAAGAACUGCAGAUGCUCCAAAUGAACGCCGCCUCCGAAGGUCGCUCGCUGCCCGUGUCCAUCGACAAGCUCCUCGAGGCGGACAGUCUGGCUCAGGCUCUGCAAGAGGCGGACGAGACAAAUCUCAGCCCCGGCGUCGACUCGCCCCUCAGCCCUUCAUUGCAAAACAACCAAAAAUUGCCUGCGCAGCAUCCUGCACUCGACCAAGCAGAGGCUUUGGCUUGGGCGCAAGCAGACGACUUUAUGCGCGGCGCUCCACUCUUCCAACCCCUCGUCAACGUGCUCAUCGACAACCCGGCCUUACCGCUCGCAUGA